AAUUUUGUUUUAAAAAUUAAAUUUUGCGAUCUGUGUGUACGCGGAGGAGCCAAGAGAUCCGCGUACAGAACACUCCUUCCAUUAAAUCACUCAACAAACGAAAAAUAUCUCGCGUUCUCCACUUCUUCCUGCCCUUUCUCUCGACACCCAAAGAACCCUGAUUUCUCUCUUAGCUCUUGAUGAUUCAGCCAUGGCGGUGAUGCCAAAGACCGAUGCCAUCCAGAUCCGCGAGGUCUGGGCCGACAAUCUUGAACAGGAAUUCGCCCUGAUCCGCGAAAUCGUCGACGACUUCCCCUUCGUCGCCAUGGACACCGAGUUCCCUGGCGUCGUGUGCCGCCCCAUCGGAUCUUUCAAAUACACCUCCGAUUACCACUACGCGACCCUACAAGCCAACGUCGGCAUGCUCAAACUCAUCCAACUCGGCCUCACCUUCUCCGAUGAAGACGGCAAUCUUCCCACUUGCAACACCGGCCUUGGCUGCGUCUGGCAGUUCAACUUCCGCGAGUUCAACAUACAGCGCGAUGUUUACGCAACGGAUUCGAUCGAAUUACUCCAACAAAGCGGCAUCGAUUUCUCCAAGAACAGCGAGCAUGGCAUCGAUGCGCAGCGAUUUGGUGAGCUUCUUAUGUCUUCUGGAGUGGUUCUUAACGAGAAUGUGAACUGGGUAACGUUUCAUAGCGGGUAUGAUUUCGGCUAUCUCUUAAAGGUGCUUACUUGCCAGAAUUUACCUGAGACUCAAGCUGGGUUUUUUAACCUUAUCAGAGUUUAUUUCCCGACUCUUUAUGAUAUCAAGCAUCUGAUGAAGUUUUGUAAUAGUCUUCACGGUGGGCUUAAUAAGCUCGCCGAGUUGAUUGAUGUGCAGAGGUUUGGGGUUUGUCAUCAGGCUGGAUCUGAUAGUCUUCUUACUUCUUGCGCUUUCAGGAAGCUUAGGGAGUCUUAUUUUAAUGGUUCGACAGAGAAAUAUGCUGGUGUGUUGUAUGGCCUUGGAGUGGAGAGUGGACUGAAUAGUUGAAACUGUUGGAAUCUAUAAAUACGCAAAAAAAAAUCUGAGUAUAAAAUAAGAUUGGAGUUGUAAAAGUGAAGUCUUGUAUAUUAUUUGAUUUUUCUCUGUAUGUGCUGUUAAAAUCUGUAAAUCAAAAUGAUUGCUUUCCCUUGACAUACUCUUGUGAUGA